AUGCUGUCUAUAUUGAGAAAAGCCCGGCUAAAAGACAAGGAAAUGAGAAUAUUGAUGCUCGGCCUUGAUAAUGCCGGAAAGACCACGAUUGUCAAGCAGAUUAUGAAGGAGGAUGUCACCACUGUUAGCCCAACGCUGGGUUUUAUCAUCAAAACUAUUGAUUUUCAAGGAUACAAACUCAACAUUUGGGAUGUAGGAGGGCAGAAGACAUUACGCUCAUACUGGAAAAAUUACUUUGAGAAGACCGAUACUUUAGUCUGGGUUGUUGAUGCAACAGAUCGUUUGAGAAUCGAUGAUUGCCGGGAUGAACUUGCCGGCCUUCUUCUCGAAGAGCGACUGACGGGGGCAAGUCUUUUGAUAUUCUUGAAUAAAACUGACGUUGAAGGCUGCAUGACAGAGGAUGAAGUCCAUGAGGUGAGGUUCUUUUCCUUCUUAUCUUUCGUUUUCGUCAAGUUCAACUCCCAGCGAUGA